CUUCUUUUUCCCUUGUUUUUUGAGUUUUGUUUUUUUUUUAGGUAUUGCUUUUAUUUUUCGUGGAGAAUUAUAAUUAAAUAAAUUAAAUAAUUUGAUAUAAAAAAUUAAUUGAUAUACAAAAUGGGUAAAAGAGCUGCAGGUCUAAUUAUCUUUCGCCGGUUAUGUGGAGAAAUUCAGUAUUUGUUAAUGAAAGCGUCUUAUGGAGAUUACCACUGGAGCUCUCCAAAAGGUCAUGUCGAUCCAGGUGAAGAUGAUUUUACUACAGCUUUGAGAGAAACACAGGAAGAAGCCGGCUAUUCUAAAGACGAUUUAAUAAUAUACAAAGAAAUAACAUCAACUCUGCAUUACGAAGUGAAAGGCAAACCCAAAGCUGUAAUAUAUUGGCUAGCAGAGUUAAAAGAUCCUUCAAAGGAACCUGUUCUAUCAGAAGAACACACUGAACUUAAAUGGUUGCCAAUGGAAGAGGCUAAAGCAACAGUUGGUUUUGAGGAUAACCAAAAAUUAAUUGAAGAAUUCCACAAAAAAAUACCUAAUUUAAGUUAAAUUUGUAUUAAAUGUAUUAGGUACCUAUACUUUGUGAUUACUAAUCCAUUGAUAUUAUAUAUAAUAUAAUUUACCUAUACCGACAAA